AUAAAGAGAGAGAGAUGCAGGGAUUUGUGAGGCUACGGCGCGCCAGCUGCAAGACACACUGAGCCGGUGGCUGCACCCGGGGUUCGGCUGACUUGUUGGAACCGGCGGGCUCUCUUUGCACGAGAGUGUGGAUGAGUUGAAGUUGCUUUUCCCGGGGCUCGUUUUCCACGUUGCUGGAGAGGAAUCGGAGAGGCAAGGCAAUCACUUGGUCUAGCCAUUGAUUGGGUAUCGGGAGCUCCCCCCCUCCACUUCUCCUUCCCACCCCCAUCUUUUUCUUUCUCUCUCUCUGUCUCUUUCCCUCCGUCUUGUUGCAUGCACGAAAAUUACAGUCCGCUGCUCGCACGCCCGGGGUGCGCGAUCCUCAGCCCCGCGCUCGCCCGCUCACCCCGCGCUCCCCCCGCCUCCCGCGUGCAUUGGCAUUGUGCAACCCGAAGAUGAAAGACCGAAGGGGAGAAAGUUAAAGAAAUCGCCCACAUGCGCAGGAUCGGUCCACGGCUCGGGGAAAGGCAUCCAGAGAAGGUGGGAGCGGAGAGUUUGAAGUCUUUACCGGCGGGAAGAUGGCGGACUGGAGCUGAAAGUGUUGAUUGGGAAACUUGGGUGAUUCGUGUGUUUAUUUACAAUUCUCUUGACCCAGGCAGGACACAUGCAGGCCAAAAAACGCUAUUUCAUCCUGCUCUCAGCUGGCUCUUGUCUCGCCCUUUUGUUUUAUUUCGGAGGCUUGCAGUUUAGGGCAUCGAAGAGCCACAGCCGGAGAGAAGAGCACAGCGGUCGGAAUGGCUUGCACCCACCCAGUCCGGAUCAUUUCUGGCCCCGCUUUCCGGACGCCCUGCGCCCCUUCUUUCCUGGGGAUCCAUCGGAGCCCGAGGAUUUCAGCGUGCACAUCUCCCCCCGGCAGAAGCGAGACGCCAACUCGAGCCUCUACAAAGGCAAGAAGUGCCGCAUGGAGUCCUGCUUCGAUUUCACCCUUUGCAAGAAAAACGGCUUCAAAGUCUACGUCUACCCGCAGCAGAAAGGGGAGAAAAUCGCCGAAAGUUACCAAAACAUUCUAGCGGCCAUCGAGGGCUCCAGGUUCUACACCUCGGACCCCAGCCAGGCGUGCCUCUUUGUCCUGAGUCUGGAUACUUUAGACCGAGACCAGUUGUCACCUCAGUACGUGCACAAUUUGAGAUCCAAAGUUCAGAGUCUCCACUUGUGGAACAAUGGUAGGAAUCAUUUGAUUUUUAAUUUAUAUUCCGGGACGUGGCCUGACUACACCGAGGACGUGGGCUUUGACAUCGGCCAGGCGAUGCUGGCCAAAGCCAGCAUCAGUACUGAAAACUUCCGACCCAACUUUGAUGUUUCUAUCCCCCUCUUUUCUAAGGAUCAUCCCAGGACAGGAGGGGAGAGGGGGUUCUUGAAGUUUAACACCAUCCCUCCUCUCAGGAAGUACAUGCUGGUCUUCAAGGGGAAGAGGUACCUGACAGGGAUCGGGUCAGACACCAGGAAUGCCUUAUAUCACGUCCAUAACGGGGAGGACGUCUUGCUCCUCACCACCUGCAAGCAUGGCAAAGACUGGCAAAAGCACAAGGAUUCGCGCUGUGACCGGGACAACACGGAGUAUGAGAAGUAUGAUUAUCGGGAAAUGCUGCACAAUGCCACUUUCUGUCUGGUUCCUCGUGGUCGCAGGCUUGGGUCCUUCAGAUUCCUGGAGGCUUUGCAGGCUGCCUGUGUCCCUGUGAUGCUCAGCAAUGGAUGGGAGUUGCCAUUCUCUGAAGUGAUUAAUUGGAACCAAGCUGCCGUCAUUGGCGAUGAGAGAUUGUUAUUACAGAUUCCUUCUACAAUCAGGUCUAUUCAUCAGGAUAAAAUCCUAGCACUUAGACAGCAGACACAAUUCUUGUGGGAGGCUUAUUUUUCUUCAGUUGAGAAGAUUGUAUUAACUACACUAGAGAUUAUUCAGGACAGAAUAUUCAAGCACAUAUCACGUAACAGUUUAAUAUGGAACCAACAUCCUGGAGGAUUGUUUGUCCUACCACAGUAUUCAUCUUAUCUGGGAGAUUUUCCUUACUACUAUGCUAAUUUAGGUUUAAAGCCCCCUUCCAAAUUCACUGCAGUCAUCCACGCAGUGACCCCCCUGGUUUCUCAGUCCCAGCCAGUGUUGAAGCUUCUGGUGGCUGCAGCCAAGUCCCAGUACUGUGCCCAGAUCAUAGUUCUAUGGAAUUGUGACAAGCCCCUACCAGCCAAACACCGCUGGCCUGCCACUGCUGUGCCUGUCAUCGUCAUUGAAGGAGAAAGCAAGGUUAUGAGCAGCCGGUUUCUACCCUAUGACAACAUCAUCACAGAUGCUGUGCUCAGCCUUGAUGAAGACACUGUGCUUUCAACAACCGAGGUGGAUUUUGCCUUCACAGUGUGGCAGAGCUUCCCAGAGAGGAUUGUGGGGUACCCAGCACGCAGCCAUUUCUGGGAUAACUCGAAGGAGCGGUGGGGGUACACAUCCAAGUGGACGAAUGACUAUUCCAUGGUGUUAACAGGAGCUGCUAUUUACCACAAAUAUUAUCACUACCUGUACUCCCAUUACCUGCCAGCCAGCCUAAAAAACAUGGUGGACCAACUGGCCAAUUGUGAGGACAUUCUCAUGAAUUUCCUGGUGUCUGCUGUGACAAAAUUGCCUCCAAUCAAAGUAACCCAGAAGAAGCAGUAUAAGGAGACAAUGAUGGGACAGACUUCUCGAGCUUCCCGUUGGGCUGACCCUGACCACUUUGCCCAGCGACAGAGCUGCAUGAAUACAUUUGCCAGCUGGUUUGGCUACAUGCCGCUGAUCCACUCUCAGAUGAGGCUGGACCCCGUCCUCUUUAAAGACCAGGUCUCUAUUCUGAGGAAGAAAUACCGAGACAUUGAACGACUUUGAGAAAUCCGACUGAGUGAGGGAGGGGAAGUGAGACGGGACCGGUGUCCAACCUCUCUCUCUUCCCAGUGCAGAUCCGCCCCAUCAGCGGAGCCAGAUUGUGCCAAGCAUCCAAAUAAACUCUGAUGAACAGAAUAACAAAACAAAAAAUGAAACACAAAAGGCCAAUGAGAACUCAACUCCUGGCUCCUGGGACUGCACGGGACUGCUCACUCACCUCAUCCGGCGUCUGUGUCCCAAGACUAGGUUGUGUACAGUUUAAUUAUGGAACAUUAAAUAAUUAUUUUUGAAAUGAUUGCUAUGCAGGUUUAAACUUUUUUAAUGAUCAAAACUAUUAAAAACCAGAGUUCUUUCUUUAA